UACACCUUCUCCUUUCUGUGCGCUUUGGGCCUGGUGGCUGCCCUCGGGGUGCCGAGCACUUUGGCCUCUGAGGAGCGAAUGGAGGAUGUCACCGUCCGGACAACUUCCACUGAGCAGAAUGAAAUUGUGAACAAACACAACACCCUGAGGAGGUCCGUCAGUCCCACUGCCAGCAACAUGCUGAAAAUGAGCUGGAACAACGAGGCUGCAGCCAACGCCCAGAGAUGGGCCAACACCUGCUCCAUGAAGCACAGCUCGUCAAGCGACAGAGAGAUCAGCACCAGCGGCUGUGGAGAGAACCUGUACAUGUCCAGCUACAAGAACUCCUGGAGCAAUGCCAUCCAGAGCUGGUACGAUGAGGUGAAGGACUGGCGCUACGGCCAGGGAUCCAUCAAUGGAGGGGUGGUCGGACACUUCACACAGGUUGUUUGGUACAGAUCUAACCAGGUCGGCUGUGCCAUGGCCUACUGCCCCAACUCUACCUACAAGUACUUCUACGUUUGCCAAUACUGCCCUCCUGGAAACUACCAGUAUACUCAUCCCUACACUUCAGGAUCCUCCUGUGGCGAAUGUCCCAACGCCUGUGAUAACAAACUGUGCACUAACCCCUGCCCAUACACCGACCAGUACAGCAACUGCCCCGAACUGAAGGAGCAGCAUACCUGCAGCCACACGAGCGUGGCUUCCUGGUGUCCCGCCUCCUGCAAGUGCACGAACCAGAUUGUCUAAACAAUGCACGUUCCCAUGUGCUCUGACUCUCAGAUCAGUCUUAAAGCAACUCAGCAUGAAAACCUGUGCUCGUGUUGUCUUUUCACAAACAAACAGUUUGAGAAGUGGUUCUCAGAGACGCUUUUUCUUUUUUUUUUCUUUUAAUAAAGAGAAUAAUCAAAUAAAGAGGAAAUUUUCUUUGGCAAAGCAACUCUCUGGCUGCAGGAGCAGGUGCCCUUUGGCUGCAUGUGAGGUGUGAACUCAGAGAGGAAGGAGA